AUGGAGGAAGCUUCACUCACCAUUCCGUUGACCUGCCUGGCACUCUCUUUCCUCUUCACGAUUUGCGUCUACCACGCCUCGACCAGAAACUUUCUUCUCCUCAUCGUCCAAUAUCUCGUUCCCGCUGACCAUCUCCUCGUCAUUGCAUUCGUUGAAUAUGGCGUCCCAUUCACCAACUUGUCCUUCCUUCCUGGUCUUCAACAUCUCGUUCGUCUGGCAUUGAUUGUUGUGGUCGUGGGCAUCCUGAUGUUGUGCAUUCUCGCAAAGCUCAUCUGCUCUUGUUUCUACCAUGGGUGGAUACAACACAAUAUUGAGCGCGUGUUCGGGCAUUUCGCACUUUGCUACCAAUAUCUCCUUCCUGAUAUCCUCGGCUACAACCUGGCACUGCCACUCGUGUGUCUUCAACCUUGUUAUCUUUCCAUCGUUAACGUCUGGUAUAUUCCUCACCAGCUCGCGGCUGUAAGAGUUCUCCAAGCCUUCAUUUGCUGUCUCGUUCACGGAUACUUGCAUCUCAAAGAGAAUCUCAACAUCAGAGAUCUCCCAGCAGUCGAAAGCAUCGACGACAUGGACAUGGAAGACAUUGAAGGCAUCCCAAUGACCGAAUUAGAUCUCGAAGAUCUCGAAGACGAUAGAUCAAUUUCUCAGGCGACUAGGGACAACUCGCCUUUCCUAAGCAGCGACCUUGCGACACCCCCGUCUCCGCCCUCCCCCGACAUCAUGGCCCGUCACCUCGCGCAGUGGAAUACACACCCCGUACGACGCGUCCAGGUACUGCGCCGGGCCCGCAACCCUCAAUUCUUUGCUCGCAGUGAUGCCACCCAGCACGCCAGCCCUACCCUCGAAAUGCUAACUUACAAUGUCAACAUGCCAAUUGAGUAUAUUCCCGUCUGGCUGGUGCAGUACUAUGGUCGAGAAUUUCAGCUGCCGGACGGGGCUGAGUUGACCUUUUUCGAUGUGGCUGUUGACCGAUUUACCGAGUCGGUGUUCAUGUUGGUUGUCCCGGAUCGCGCUCAAAAUGAGCAGUGA